GGCGGCGGGCAGGGUCGCAUGAGAAAAAGGAGGGGGCAAGCCAAGAGGUUGGAGUGUGCUACCUGGCGCGGCGGAAAGCAGGAAGAAAGAAAAAAAAAAAAAAGCGGGCACAGGAGCAGAGGCGGCGGCGGAGAGGGCACAGUGCACGCCCGGGCUGGGGGUGGGGGCGCGGGGCGGGGCCACGUGCCUGUCCCAGGGUUCCCGGCUCGAGCGCCUCGCCAGGGCUCGCCAGCCACCCCGCCAGCUCGUCGCCCGCCGCCCGCAUCCCGGUCCCAGCCGCUGCCCCUCGCCCAGCCCGUCAGCGCGGGGCCCGAAGCGCGUCCGCAUCCAUGCCCCGGCGGCCCGGGGCGCGGCAGGCAGGCGCUCGCAGCCCGAGGAGGCGCGUGAUGCGCGGCUGAGCGCCCGGCGGCCCGCGCGGUGUCCCUCGGAGCCGGGCGCGGGAGGCGAGGGGCGCGCUCCGGCUCCGGCUCCGGCUCCGGCUCCCGCUCCGGCUCCGGCUCGGCGGCGCGGCGCGGCGCGGCGCGGGGCGCGGCUAGGGGGGCGCCCGCGGGAGCGGCGGAGGAGCAGGCGCGCUGCGGCCCCGGCCCGAGGGACGGCACGGGUAAAGCUUGCCCAGCCGCCGGGAGCCCCGAGGGCAGGCCCGUCCGAGGAGCGCGCGCCCGCUCUGCAGCCACCCUCACGCCCCCAAGCCACCGCAGGCGGCGACACCUGAGCCGGCGCACUCGGUACCUGGGGCCCCGAGACGAUUACGCGGCGGAGGCGCCGACUCAGGCGCUGCAGCCCCAGAGCUGAGUACUGUCGAGUGAACCCAGGACCUCACAGAUGUGAGAAGCUUCCCCCGUGAUUGUUCCCCCCCCCCCAUUUUUGAGAAGGAGAGACGAAGAGAAAACGAGAGACUAAUAGUGAGGAGAAAGAACGAUGAAGUCUUACACUCCGUACUUCAUGCUCCUGUGGAGUGCCUUGGGGAUAGCAAGGGCUGCCAAAAUCAUCAUCGUGCCGCCAAUAAUGUUUGAAAGCCAUAUGUACAUCUUCAAGACACUAGCCUCAGCCUUGCAUGAGCGAGGCCAUCGCACAGUGUUCCUCCUCUCGGAAGGCAGAGACAUCGCCCCGUCUGUCCACUACAGCCUGCAGCGCUACCCAGGCAUCUUCAACAGCACCACCUCGGAUGCUUUCCUGCAGUCCAAAAUGCGGAAUAUCUUCUCUGGGAGACUGACAGCCAUCGAACUAUUUGACAUCCUGGACCACUACACGAAGAACUGUGACAUGAUGGUGGGCAACCGGGCCCUGAUUCAGAGGCUCAAGAAGGAGAAGUUUGACCUGCUGCUGGUGGACCCGAAUGACAUGUGUGGGUUUGUGAUUGCACACCUCUUAGGGGUGAAGUAUGCCGUCUUCUCCACUGGACUCUGGUAUCCUGCUGAAGUGGGGGCUCCUGCCCCGCUGGCUUAUGUCCCCGAGUUCAACUCACUCCUGACGGACCACAUGACAUUGCUACAAAGGAUGAAGAAUACUGGCGUUUACCUCAUCUCCAGGUUAGGGGUCAGCUUUCUGGUUCUUCCCAAAUACGAAAGGAUAAUGCAGAAGUACAACCUGCUUCCGGAGAAGUCCAUGUACGACCUGGUGCACGGGUCCAGCUUGUGGAUGCUGUGUACAGACGUGGCGCUGGAGUUCCCGAGACCCACGCUGCCCAAUGUUGUCUACGUGGGCGGGAUCCUCACCAAGCCAGCCAGCCCACUGCCAGAUGAUCUCCAAAGGUGGGUCAAUGGUGCUAAUGAACACGGCUUCAUCCUGGUAUCUUUUGGAGCUGGUGUCAAGUAUCUGUCAGAAGACAUUGCUGACAAACUGGCGGGAGCUCUGGGAAGAUUGCCCCAGAAAGUGAUUUGGAGGUUUUCUGGAACCAAACCAACAAAUCUAGGAAACAACACUAAGCUCAUAGAAUGGUUACCGCAAAAUGACCUGCUUGGGCAUCCAAAUAUCAAAGCCUUCCUGAGCCAUGGCGGCCUGAAUAGUAUUUUCGAGACGAUGUAUCAUGGCGUGCCUGUGGUGGGAAUCCCACUCUUUGGAGACCAUUAUGACACCAUGACUAGGGUACAGGCGAAAGGCAUGGGGAUUUUGCUAGAAUGGAAGACAGUGACUGAAGGAGAGCUGUAUGAAGCACUGGUGAAGGUGAUCAAUAAUCCCAGCUACCGCCAGAGAGCCCAGAAGCUUUCAGAAAUCCAUAAGGAUCAGCCCGGCCACCCCGUCAAUCGAACUGUCUACUGGAUAGAUUAUAUUCUCCGGCACAACGGAGCCCAUCACCUCCGUGCCGCUGUCCAUAAGAUCUCUUUCUGGCAGUAUUUCUUACUGGAUAUUGCCUUUGUGCUUUUGCUUGGUGCUGCCUUGUUUUACUUCCUCUUGUCCUGGGCGACAAAAUUUAUCUACAGAAAAAUGACAAGUCUGUGGUCUAGAAAUAAGCAUAGCGCCAUUAACGGACAUUACCACAAUGGGAUCCUCAAUGGCAAGUACAAGAGAAAUGGCCACAUUAAACACGAAAAGAAGGUAAAAUGAGCCAGCAGCCCACAGGAGAGUAACAAAUCUCUGUUCAGUCAUUGCAUUUUUACUGUUAGGAUUUAGGCUUAACGAAUACUAAACGUAAAAUGUCAGUAAACAGUUCUAACAGUCCCUCAUCUGAUCGUACUAAUGAAAGUCCCUGGAAUUGAGAUGGAUGUGAAAAGCACAAGUCUAAACUGCAAAUGUAUUUUAUUCAAAUACUGAUGCAAGGGAGUUUUGGCACUGAAACUUCGAGAAGCCUUAAUUAUUUAAAUCAAUUAAGUGACCACGUCAGACUUUAGUUUUAAAUCUUGAUAUGUGUGUGUCCCAGAUAAGGAAUGGUUUCUUUUCUCUUAAAAAAAAAAAAAAGUGUGUCGUGUGUGUGUGUGUGUGUGUGUGUGUGUGUGUGUGUGUGUGUUUCUUAAUUAAGAAGUUUUUUAACUCGCUGCUUGUUAUGUUUAUGGAAGACACAACACAGUCAAGAAUGAAUUAGAAAGCUAGGAUCCAAAUGUUUCUCAUCUAAGAGUUUAGUAGGUAUGAAUUCAGAACAUUACAAUGAAAGAACACUUUUUCCUCAAAACUGAAUGUAGAAGAAGAAAAUGAAAAGAUAAAUGUCACCACUUCUUUUGUAUUUGUUUUGGUCUUUGUUUUCCUUUUAUUAGUGUCUGUAGACACUUUGGCAGGAAAGAACUUGCAGUAAGUAAAUGUAUAAAUUAGUUGUCACAUGUAACUCUUGCUUCCCCCUCCCCCUUACCAAUAAUUUAUCUCUGGAAGAAUUUUGUCUUUUUUUUUUUCCUAUUCAUUUUACCAAGUGACAUUAAGUUAAAUGCAGAAGGACAAAGCUCUGACUUUUGUUCAAAUACUAAAGAUACUCACAUGGCACCCUAAACAGGACCAUUCUUUAAAUAUUUUGUAACUGUUUUGAUGACUUUUCUACAACAUAAUUUUUGAGCAUUCUGGUGUUUUAUUUCCAAAGUUUUAACUUAAAAAGACCUUCACCUUUUUUGUUAUCUGGGCCACACAAUCUGUAUGACUUAGGUGCCAACGUUUUCACUUCCCUCAAAUGGAACAUCUGUGUUCUCUGUAUUGGUACCUUCUUUGUCUGAGAGGUUUGAGACUUUGUUCACAAACCCAACUUUCCACGAUUCCUAGAGGUGACUGAGAAAUUUUCUGACUUGUUUGGGAAAAUGAGUUUCUGCCCCCCUCACCCCCCACCAAGUAGUCUUUUCCAGUCAUUGUGGCUGACAUGGAACAGUGACAGUAUUCAUGUGAGAAUCGAGAUGCAAGUCACAGACAUCAUAAAAUCAGGACCGCCUGGUUGAACCGUUCAAGACUUGGCAACUAGGGGCUUAUUCCAUGUCAUUCUGUUUACUUAGAGUUUGCACUACCCAUGUUGAGCGUAAGCUUUAUUUAUUCAUAGUUUGAGAUCUCAUGUCUGACAGUUGAGAGUAGAAAUACGUAACAGUAAGCUGAUGACCUUCACUAAUGUGGGAAGAGUCAUGAAAAUUCUAGAAUUCUGUAAGUCCUUUGUCAUACACUAUGACAUACACCCUGAUUACACUCCCACCAGGAGCUAUCGCAUAUACAAUGUCACAGGUAGUUUUUAAUGUACAGUGCAGACAACGGUACUGCUCUCUGAAUACUUGAAGAAAUGGUAUUACACGUAUAAGCCUAGUAGUUAUACCUUUUCACAAUCUUACCACAGUGUCGCCAUUAAAAGGGGAAAAAAACAAAACAUAGGCAAUGAAUGGUGGGGUGGUAAAAGGACUUGGAGUGUAUGAAUGAAUUGAUUUUACUUUUUCUUGGAAUUGGAUGGAGUUAAUAGUAGGCAUUGACUGGAUGAUUAAGCAUAAGUUAAUCUCCACUGUAAUAAAAAUGUAAAACAAUAAAUGAUUUUUAAAAAUAGAGAAAUGUUGGAAUAAAAUCUUUAUUCAAGUUUUAUUUCACACUAUUGUGUAUAUCCACUGUAAACAUGUUUCUAAGACAGGUAUCUCAACUUUUAUAUAUGUAUGUGAGUGUGAAAACAGUAUGUUACAUGUGAGAAUGACUUUUUCCUAUUAAGCAGAGGGAUUUACCUUACAAGUAUAUCCAUAUGGACCUGUCUCAGAAUUAAGAAUGUUAAAGUAUGUAUUUACUGAUCAUUGUUACCUUUUUUUUUAAGUAUACUUAUUGUUAGCCAGUUUUGGUAAAUAGAAUGAUUUAAAUUUUUUCACACUUGGGCUAGAUUCUCUAAUAAAAUAAAGUUUUCAAGAAGGUA